AUGGCUCAUCAUACACAAUCUCCAGCUACCUAUAUUAAGGAACAACCUCUCUCAGCUGAACCCUCACACACUAACAAAUCCACAACCUCAGAUGAAGUCCAACCUGCCUCUUUCAAUUGUAAAGGAGACAUCACAUACUCUAACCUCUCCACCCCAUCAGGUCCAAUACAAUUUACAACUGUGUGUAUCAAGGAGGAAACCUGUUCUUCAGAAGAAGAACAUUUAAUUUGUGUUGGCACCUCUCAUGUCCUGCACUCUUCACAUUCUAGUCUUUCUUUGGAAGAACCACUCUCUGGAGGAGUAGAUGAGCAAGAUGCUUCUCAACCUGAAGGUGUUACCUCGUAUAUAAACAGGAAUGGAGAUUAUGAUGCCCAACCAUCAAGAGAAAAGGUCUUCUUCUGUUAUGAGUGUGACAGUUGCUUCAACUCCAAGUCUGAACUGGUUAGACACCAACGUUGUCACACUGGCCAGAAGCCUUAUCCCUGUCCAGAAUGCGGGAAAGGUUUUACAACAAGCUCCUACCUCAUGAAACAUCGUAGGAUCCACUCCGGGGACAAGCCAUUCAUUUGCUCCGAGUGUGGGAAAUCUUUUACCCAUAAAGCUGAUCUGGUGAUCCAUGGACGCACCCACACUGGAGAAAAGCCUUAUUCAUGUUCAGAGUGCAAGAAAAGUUUUAUCAGCCAGUCAUAUCUGAUAAAGCACCAGAGGAGCCACACAGGAGAUAAGCAGUACACUUGUUCCGAGUGUGGAAAGUCCUUUGGCACCAACACCUACCUCGUUAUCCACCAACGAAUUCACACAGGGGAGAAGCCAUUUUCUUGCCCCGAGUGUGGAAAAUGUUUCAUCAGCGAUUCCUACCUCAGCCGACACAUGAGAGUCCAUACGGGAGAGAAACCAUUUUCUUGUGCCCAGUGUGGAAAGCGCUUUGCUAGCAACUCUCAGUUGUGCAACCACCGAAAGAGCCACUCUGGGGAACGGCCUUACUUUUGCUUCGAGUGUGGCAAAGGUUUUACUUGGCGAGCCAAACUCGUUCGACAUCAGAGAAUUCAUGCUGGGGAGCGGCCACUCUCGUGUACUGAGUGUGGAAAGCAUUUUAAGCAUAGAUCGAGUCUUGGUAGGCACAGGAAAGUUCAUGGCAAAGUUGAACAGUACACUUGCCAUGAAUGUGGCAAACGUUUCCUCAGCCUGAUGAACCUUGAGACGCAUCAGAAGAUACACGAAAAACCGUACUCUUGUGGCGAAUGUGGGAAACGUUUUAGCAAAGCAACAAACCUCUCCAAUCACCAGAAAAUCCACGCGACCAAGAAUCCCUUUUCUUGUGCUAAAUGUGGCAAGCAGUUUGUCAGCAACUCCAAUCUUCGACGGCACCAGAAGAAGCAUGAAGGUGACAAGUCAUUUCAAUGCUCCGAAUGUGGAAGGAGCUUUAUCAAGAGAAUCAAUCUGGUUAAACACCAGAGACUUCAUACCAGGAAGAAUCUCCACUAUUGCCAAGAAUGUGGGAAGUACUUCAUGAGCAGGGCCUAUCUUUUAAGACACGAACGCAGUAAUGUGGGUGAGAAGCCAUGUACGUGUCCAGAGUGUGGGGAGAGGUUCGAGAAGAAGCUGCAACUUCUUCGGCACCAAAAAACUCACAAGGAAGAGAAACCUUUCUCUGGCUGUAAGGUUGAAAGAACUGAACAAACCGACAAAGCAGGUGUUGAUGUAAAGCCAAAUAUCUUGAAUAUUGUGAAAUAA